ACACACACCUGAGAAAGAUCAUACUUGUGUUAGAUAGCUGGGAAAAUUAUGUGCAAAUACAAUUACAAGGGUAUGUGAACUUUAGCCGACUCAGUGAGGUCAAAUCCGCUGAGUUGUGAUGGUGCUUUGAGAUUGUGAUGUGCGAAUCUUUUAUAAUUUUGGUAAGUGCAGGGUAGAGCUACCAGCAUUUGGGUUUAGAGGAGAAUAUAUAGGUUUUGCGAGGUUUGGUCGUCGUGAUGGGGGACUAUGCAGAAGAGCGAGGUGGCGACUACAUUGUGGUGGACGAGUUGACCGAGAAUUCUCAGCUUUUGAGUGGGGGUUCAAAGUCUGCUGUAGAGGGCUAUUUCUCGUCGUUUCCGGGUAGUAUCAAGUACCUGGUGUGGAAUGAGUUUUGUGAGCGAUUCUCUUUCUAUGGCAUUAAAACGAUCCUUGCGCUGUACCUGGUACAGCAUCUUCGGCUGAGUGAGAAUUAGUCCACAGAGCUUGUGCACCUCUUCAUUGUCGCCUGCUACGCCACCCCGCUCCUGGGUGCCUUCGUCAGCGAUUGCUACUGGGGAAAGUAUUGCACUGUGAUCUACUUAUCAAUUCUGUACUGCAUCGGAAACUGGCUGAUGGCAACCUCCGCAUUGGCCAAGGCCGACCCCAGCACUGUGAGCGCUAUAUUUUGGUCCACCGCAGGUGCCUUGGGGUUGAUUGCAUUUGGUACAGGUGGAAUAAAACCCUGCGUGGCGGCCUUUGGUGGCGACCAAAUUCAGUAUUCUCUACCAGCCGGCCCAACAAAGGAGCGUCUCCAUCGCCAAUUCUUCUUCAUGUAUUACUUUGCAGUGAACGCGGGGUCAGUACUCUCCACCAUCCUGACCCCAAUUCUCCGGUCAGAUUUCUCCUACGCUAUUGCCUUCGCUGUCCCUGCUGGUCUCAUGAUGUGUGCCUUGCUUAUCUUCUGGUUGGGACGGAAGACAUACGUGGACCGUCCUCCCGAAGGCAAUGUCUUUGCCGAGGUGGGUGGGGUUGUUGUGGACGCCGUCAAGCUUCGCAGGAGCACGGGAGGAGGCAGCCAUUGGCUAGACAGUGCCAAAGCCAAGCAUGACCCAGCCGUUGUGGAGGAUGUGAAGGGGCUCAUGCGUGUGUUGGCAUUGCUCCUGCCAACCCCCCUCUUCUGGUCUCUCUUUGAUCAACAGUCCUCCAAGUGGGUCUUUCAAGCUAGCGCUAUGGACGGCCGCGUUCCAUGGCUGUUCAACAUCACCAUCCAGCCUGAUCAGAUGCAGGCUCUCAACCCUGUUCUCAUCCUGGUGAUGAUUCCCCUGUUCGACCAGAUCAUCUACCCAUCUCUGGAGUAUUACCGCUACUCGCUGCGGGCUGUUCCAAGAAUGGUCAUUGGCAUGGUGUUGAGUGCGAUUGCAUUCUUGUUCUCUGGGCUGUUGCAGGUUGCAAUCGACAAUUAUGCAUCGUUGGGAGAAUCCUUGUCAAUUUUGUGGCAGAUUCCUCAGUAUGUGGUGAUCACAGCUGGGGAGAUUAUGUUAAGCAUCACUGGCUUGGAAUUUGCUUACUCCCAAGCCCCGGAUUCCAUGAAAGCUGUCGUCCAAUCUGCAUGGCUCUUCACUGUCUCUGCAGGAAACCUUGUGACUGUGGCUCUAGUGGCUAUUAUUGGCAACAGCCUCUCAAAAGCCAAUGAAUUCUUCUUCUUCGCGGCUGGCUGUGUAGUAGCCAUGCUGCUCCUUCUGUGGGCUGGGUCACAGUUUGUCUACAAGCAGCGAAGGAACUUCCGAGCGCCCGUAGACGAGACACUGCUAGUGCAUGCUGCAGAUGACCGUGUCUACGUCGGAUGAAGCAACUCUAUCAUGAGGAAAGCAUGGUUUAAAAAAAAAAAAAAAAAAAAAAAAAAAAAAACCGUUUCAGCAACUUUUCUUAAAAAAUCAUUUUGUGUGUUGGCAAAUAUCAUGCUGCAGCUUAAGCUCAAUGUUAAGCUGGAGGCAAUCCUGCUGAAUCCACCUUUGUUUAUUAUCUUCGGUAAAUUGAAUGAGAGCCACUAUUCUCCAGGUUCAAUCUACAAGCUAUUAGGUACGCAACGGGGAGUUCCAUCUGCUGGCAGGUUACUAGGCCAUGGACUGGGUGUGCUCUUCCUACCACCCUUCAAUCGUUUGAUUGAUUUAGAACUUCUGGAAAUCUGUAAAUUGCCGACUUCUACUGUGAAUAUAAAUAUACUAGUUGGGUACUCUAAAAGUGGCAGAUACCACGCAGAUACCACACAGACUGGUCCAACUUUAGUGUUAUCAUUCUGGUGUUACUACCAUUUUUUUUUAUUUUUAUCUUAUAAAAAUUCUUCAAUAAAAUUGUGUUUCAAGAA